CUUCGAAGCCCACAACUCUCGUAUGCCGAAUACGGCUCUUUUUCUUCUUGCUCUUCGAGCCCAAUUCUUGUUCAUAGCACAAUUUUCCCGAAUAAUUUCUACAUUCUGUCGAGUUUCAGUCUAAAAAUCUUUUUCUCUGUAGAUUUUCAGAGCCACUGAUCUCUUCUUUGUCAGCCCGCUUGAGUUCCCUUUCUCUCAUUUGUUUGGUGCUUUCUAGAUUUUGAUUUUCUGAGCCAGAAGAACAAUCGAACAUGGAUCCUGAUUCAGUGAAAUCGACUCUUUCUAACUUGGCUUUUGGGAAUGUGUUGGCUGCCGCAGCUCGCGACUAUCAAAAGGAAAUGCUGGCUAAUGAGAAAGCGCAAGCAUCAAGCUCUGUUAACCAGGAAGUCGAUCUGGAUGAAUUGAUGGAUGACCCCGAACUGGAAAAAUUGCAUGCUGACAGGAUUGCAUCCCUUAAGAAAGAAGCAGAAAAGCGACAGAAAUUGAAGAUGCAAGGCCAUGGGGAGUACAGGGAGAUUACAGAAGCAGACUUUUUAAGUGAAGUUACAGGCAGUGAAAAUGUGAUUUGUCAUUUCUACCACCGAGAGUUCUACCGUUGCAAGAUUAUGGAUAAACAUUUGAAGUCCCUUGCUCCCAGACAUUUUGGUACCAAAUUCGUCAAACUGGAUGCUGAGAAUGCUCCUUUCUUUGUUGCUAAGCUUGCAGUCAAAACAUUGCCAUGUGUCAUACUCUUCAGUUUCUCGAUAUUAUCCGUUUUUGUUCUUAGCAUGAAAUGGAAAGGAGUAGCAACGGAUAGGGUGGUUGGGUUUCAAGACUUGGGAGGGAAAGAUGAUUUCUCAACAAGGACACUUGAGAUUCUCUUCGUAAAGAAAGGAAUAAUUGAGGAGAACAAAAGAGAGGAAGAGGAUGAUGAUUACCUUGAAGGUCAGCAUAGGACAGUGAGAUCAUCUGUGAAUCAAGAUUCCGAUUCUGACUGAAUUAAGGCGUCAAACACAUUUGCUUCUGUUUCAACUCAAAUCCAUGGUACUCGCAUGUUUUUUUCAAGCAUGCUCGCAGGGUGAAAUUUGAAAGUAAGUCACAGUUUUGAUGUGUAUUAUAAAGUUAUGGCAUGGGGGUUGUAGCUUUUUCGGCCUUAGCAAGUGAAACUUUUUAGAUUAUCGCAAAUGAAUAUCACUUGGAUAUAAAGCAGUUAUUCUACUAUGUGAAAAUCGUCCCGUCACUUGUUGAGUUCAAGCAAAUUACUUGAAACAAGUGAAUGGUAUGAAGGUGAAGGGGGCUACACCAAACCUUGUACGGCUUUUGAAACUCAUUCAAUCUUUCUUGUUUAUUUUGAUCGUGGUGUCUCAUUCAUCAACUUGAUAAUAGAAAGCAGCAUCACUCUAUCUUUAAAGCAAA